AUGAUACCACACGUACAAGAAAACAGGGAUGAUUUAGAUGAAAGAGAGUACAUUUAUGACACUGAUAAACAUAAAAAGAACAAGAAAUGGUUCAAUUGGCUGCUAUUGAACAAACCAUUGAAAGCUAUUAUAAUUUUCUCAUUAGCCACAGUAGUUGCACCACUACUACUUUACCACUUUCUAUUCCACUCAACAUCUACUAGGGAAGGAUCCUGUUUGAUAAGAAGAGAUGCUAGACUUCCAUGCGGCCCCGGUAACGUUACUGAAGCAGAAUGUAGUAGCGAAUGUUGCUACGAUCAUACAAAUCGUUUCUGCUUCCACGUAUUCCCAUCAAAAUUCACCUAUGUCUUAAACGAAACCUGGAGAGAAGAAGUCUUCUUGUCACCCAGAUUGGCUACAGUGCCAUUCGGAUCUCAAAGAAGUUUAGACAGGAUUAGAAUUUCUGUUGAUGAAGUUUCCGCUACACAUUUAUCUUUGAACUUUUAUAAAUCUGAUGAACAGAUAAUUGGAAGAAGAAUUAAAGAGAAGAACUAUACAUAUGCCAUUUUAGGAGAGAAUUUAAAUGUUGUUGUUAAUGCAACACAAGGAAACAUCUUCAACACAGCACAUGGAACGUUUAUAGCAGCAAAUGAUAUUUGGGAACUAACAUUUAGAAUUACUAAUGAAAGCAUGUUCGGCUUAGGGGAAAUACCUAUUUUACCCGAUACUGUUAAGGUAAUUUAUAACCACAAAGGAGGAAUGACUUCAAUACCUUUAAUAUACGCAAAACUAAAUGACUGUUAUCACGGACUUUUGAUAGAUACCAUGAGCCCUACCGAAGUAAUUAUUAGGGGAGAGAAUCAAAUGGUCAUCCGCAGUAUUACUAAAACUGGGCUGAAAUUUCAUUUAUUUGUGGGACCAACGCCAUCGGAUAUUAUGAGAGAUGUUAUGAUUUUGACCGGGAGGAAAAAAAACUUUGAAUACUGGAUGCUGGGUCCUCAUUUCUGUAGUGACAAAACGACCCUAGACGAAUUAGGAACGUUCAUAAACACUGCCCAACAGCAGUUUAUGCCUUUUGAAAGUCAUUGCGGAGUCGCUCAGCCAUCUUUCAGCAGUGAAUGCAAUAAUACACAUGUACAGCUGGUUAAUGAUGGUGCCAUGGCACUGAGGAACCAUAACAGAAAGUUUGUGCCCCAUGUUUCACCUUAUAUUCUAUAUUCGAAACCAGAGGUGUCCGAUAAAGAAGUGACUACUGAAAGCAGUUCCGAAAAAAGUCAUGUAGUAUUGUCAAAAUCAGCGGAACGUUGCUUCAACGAUGAGGAAUUCGAACAAUAUAUAAUCCGUGACCCCGAUGCCGAAAAUGUCUAUAUCGGCCUUGUCGACGAGCGAGACGUUAUAUAUCCUAAAUAUGACAAUGUCAGCGAGGCAUUUAUGCAAAAACUGUGGAUAUACGCAGAUGUUGAUGGUGUUGUCCUGAAAAAUAAUUGGCCUUUAGACGAAUCUGAGAAAAGUGUUAACCUAACACAUCUUUAUUUGCCAUAUUUUAAUAAGAACUUUGAAACAGCUUUCCAAUAUACACCUCAAUGGAAUGCCACCAGACCUGAAAGAUAUCUUUAUACACACAAUGAUUAUGGAAACCAAUUUGCGACGGCGUUUAAUAUGGUCAAGAAGAAUAUUCCAAUUAUAAGUACAAGUCAAUGGAUUAACGUAAACAUGGUUCUUAAUCGCCAAAAUAUAGAAACGUCCUGGGCUAGUUUUCAUAGAGAACUAAUUGAGGGCAGUUUAGCAGGCAUCUCUGGUAAUUGGUACUGGUCUUCUCCUGUUUGUGGAGAUACAGAAAACAUUAAUGUUCAUACUCAAAAUAGACUUUGUGCUAAAUGGUAUAUGGCAUCCACGUAUUUUCCGAUGAUACAAAUCAAUUCUAAAGAAGUUAGAAGAGAUCCUUUAGCAUUUACUGGGAUUGACAGAACUCACAUGAUUAGAGCUUUAAGAACUAGAGCGAGUAUUAUGUCCUACCUCUAUUCAGUUCUUCAGGAAGGGCCUCUGUUAAGGCCCAUGUUUUACCAAUUUCCCUCUAUAGAAGAACUGACAACUAUAACUACUCAGUUUUCCGUGGGAGACGAUUUACUAAUAGUACCAAAUUUACAUGCUGGCCAAACGCAUGUCCAUGUUCGAAUGCCUCCCGGGCAGUGGUUUGAAUUCGGGAGUGGUUUUAAACUUGAAGGCGAUGUAGGACAAACAGUUACAAUGACCACAACGGAAGCAGAUUUCUUGACUUUGAUACGCGGUGGCUCCAUCAUGAUACAGCAAACGGAUACUGGUUCAACGGUUGCUGAUACUCAGUUCGCUCCUUACACCCUUCUUGUUGCACUUGAUUGUGAAGCUAAUACUACUACAUGCUCAGCUCAGGGAAAAUUUUACAUGUCCCCUGAUAUGGUAAUAUUGUUUGAAGCAGAUCAAACUACAGUGAACGCUACUGCUGAGGGUGAUAAUUUUGAUGUUUUUUGUGGAUGGUCCGAUAAAUUAGUGUGGAAUGAAGACAUUUGGAAGUCUUCACUUAAGGUGCUCGCGCUCAUGAAACCUGAAGAAAGUCAGAAGACUUCUACCAAGGAGAAACCAACUAGACACUUUUCAAACCCAGGACCUAGAAUGCCGAACAUCAAAAUAUUCACCGGUACAUCUCACCCAGAUAUCGCAAAGAAAAUUGCAGCGAGACUCGCACUUGACUUAGGUAGAGCUACCACGAAGAAAUUCAGUAAUAAAGAAACCAACGUCGAAAUAGGAGAAUCAGUACGAGGUGAGGAUGUGUAUAUUGUUCAAAGCGGUUGUGGAGAAAUCAAUGACAAUCUCAUGGAAUUGUUUAUCAUGAUAAACGCAUGCAAAAUUGCGUCAGCUUCUCGUGUGACUGCUGUAAUUCCUUGCUUCCCUUACUCCAGACAAGAUAAAAAGGAGAAAAGCCGAGCACCGAUUACUGCAAAGUUACUGGCUAACCUGGUAUCAGUAGCUGGUGCUGACCAUGUUAUAACAAUUGACUUACAUUCGUCACAAAUUCAGGGAUUCUUCAACAUACCAGUAGACAAUCUUUACGCAGAACCAGCAAUAACCAAAUGGAUUAAGGAGAAUAUUCCUGAAUGGAACAGUAGUGUCAUGGUGUCUCCUGACGCGGGCGGAGUAAAGAGAAUGACUGCUAUUGCUGAUCGUCUAGAUAUCGACUUUGCCAUCAUACACAAAGAGAGACAAAGAGCUAAUGAGGGUGACUCAACCGUCCUUGUAGGAAGUGUGAGAAAUAAGACGGCCAUAAUGGUUGACGAUUUAGCGGAUACGUGUGACACUAUUCUCAAGGGCGCUGAAGCUUUGUAUGAGGCAGGAGCUAACAAGGUGUAUGCUAUCCUUACGCAUGGAGUGUUUGCAGGUAACGCUAUUGAAAAAAUCAAUAACUCCAGAUUAGAAGCUAUCGUGGUGACCAACACGAUUCCACAGGAAAAACAUAUGAAAUUAUGUCCUAAGAUUCAAACUAUUGACAUAUCUGUGAUGUUAGCUGAAGCGAUAAGACGCACUCACUACGCGGAAUCGCUGUUUGAUCGACGCUUACACUUCUCUUUAGUUGUACUCUGCGCUACCAAGAUACUGCAUUGUGUGACGGAGGCUAAAGUCUACAAACUGCUAACAGUUCUCAAAAUGCACACAAUACUUUACAAAACAGUUGGAAGUCCACCCGCAAGAGCGGUAAUGAUGUUAAUCGAUAUUCUCGAGUUGAGCAUCGAUCAAAGAGAAUUAAACCCGGUUUUACGAGAACAGGACACACCCGAACUGAAAAAGAAAAAUCCGAUGAGGACUAUUCCAUUGCUGGACGAAGGUGAUUACUGGUUGGCAGAUAGCCACGCUAUUAUGAUAUAUCUUCUAGAAAAAUAUGGCAAACCAGAGCAUGCGUCUUUGUAUCCGAAAGACCUUAGAAAACGUGCUACCAUUCAUCAGAGACUAUUUUUUGACUGCGGUAUUUUUUUUCCCAGACUGAGAUCUAUUAUGGCACCAACCUACCGUGGCAAGCUCGCAGAGAUGACGAAAAGCAUGAUUACGAACGUAGUUGACGCUUACUCAAAACUUGAAGAUUAUUUAUCCGAGAAUAAAUACAUGGCGGAUGAUGUAGUAACCAUUGCAGAUUUAAGCAUAAUAUCGACUUUAGGUUCCCUUGAAGGAUUAAUACCUAUUGAUGGAAAAAGGUUUCCAAAAUUAAAACAUUGGUAUCAUAACAUGAACAAGAUCGAUUGCUGCCAGAAGAUCAACAUUCCGGGAGGCAAGCUCCAUGCCGAUGGCUUGAAGGAAUUAAUGAAUAACACGAAACAUAAUCAACAAUCUAAGUUAUGA